AUUGGCAGGGAAGGAAUUAUAAGGUGGAGCUUAGCUCUUAGGACAAUAAUGCUUUCCUCUUUCUUCCAUGUGGACCCACAGGUGACCCUGGUGACUAAGAUGUCAUCCUCUCUAAAGGUCCUAGGCUCUCUUUUGUUCCUGUUAUUCUCUGUAUAUGGGCUUCUUGUAAACAGCCAGAAGCUUUCCUGGAAGGAAUUCAUGAAACAGCACCACCUGAGCACAAGCUGGGAUUUCAGUGAGUACAGAUGCAAAGAUCUCAUGAAAGAAAUAGAAGCUCCAAAAGACAAGAACUAUCACAUCUUCAUCUAUACCUUAUGGUACAAAAUCGAGCAUAUAUGCAUCAGAAACUGGAGAGAUCGCUACAGGAAUGUAUAUAUAUGGACCCCGUAUCCCUUCAAAAUACUCAAGUGCUACCCAGGAAAAAACAAAAAGAGCUACAAAGAGCACAGGAGCCAUAGCUACAUUGAAUUCCAUUGUGGCGUAAAUGGGUUUGUUGAUAGCAUAGAGGACACCCGAUUGUUAGAGGUUAUCAACAAAUAGAAAGUCUAUGCACACCUCCAGGUUUUAGAGUUAAUGCUUCUUAAGUGGUGGUAGGCCUGCCUACAUCAAUAACCCUUACUGAUCCCUACUUCACAUUUAUGUGUCAAUGUUUUUUGACUACUUAGAGUGAUGUAUCACAUGUUCUUUUGAUAUCGUGACUUCCUCUAUGUUGAUUCUGUCUAGAAUAUCCUU